AAAAAUAUAAUUCGGUUUCCAUUGGAACCCUAGAUCUAACAUUUCUAUCUUUUCUUUUCUUCUUACUCCGCCGCCCCGCGCAUUUUCUCUCCUUGUUUUUUGCUUUCUCGAUUUGGUUCAGGAUGGCCGGAAAGGGUGAAGGUCCGGCGAUCGGGAUCGAUCUCGGGACGACGUACUCGUGCGUCGGAGUGUGGCAGCACGACCGCGUCGAGAUUAUAGCCAAUGAUCAGGGGAAUAGAACGACGCCGUCUUAUGUAGGCUUCACCGACACCGAGCGUCUGAUCGGUGACGCUGCGAAGAACCAGGUCGCGAUGAACCCGAUGAACACCGUCUUCGAUGCAAAGCGAUUGAUUGGUCGGAGAUUCAGUGAUUCGUCGGUGCAGAGCGACAUCAAGCUCUGGCCAUUCAAAGUAAUUCCUGGCCCUGGUGAAAAGCCCAUGAUUGUUGUCUCCUACAAGGGUGAGGAGAAGCAAUUUGCAGCUGAAGAGAUCUCAUCCAUGGUCCUGAACAAAAUGAAAGAGAUUGCUGAGGCUUAUCUUGGCUCGACUGUGAAGAACGCUGUCGUUACUGUUCCUGCCUACUUCAAUGAUUCCCAGCGCCAGGCAACCAAGGAUGCUGGAGUCAUUUCUGGCCUCAAUGUGAUGCGCAUCAUCAAUGAGCCCACUGCUGCAGCAAUUGCUUAUGGUCUUGACAAGAAGGCAACCAGUGUUGGUGAAAAGAAUGUUCUUAUCUUUGAUCUCGGAGGCGGUACUUUUGAUGUGUCUCUUCUAACAAUUGAAGAGGGUAUCUUUGAGGUCAAGGCCACUGCUGGUGACACUCACUUAGGUGGAGAGGACUUUGAUAACCGGAUGGUGAAUCACUUCGUUCAGGAGUUCAGGAGGAAGCAUAAGAAGGACAUCAGCGGGAACCCUAGAGCUCUUAGAAGAUUGAGAACUGCUUGUGAGAGAGCUAAAAGAACUCUCUCAUCGACUGCUCAGACUACCAUUGAGAUUGACUCGUUGUAUGAGGGUGUUGAUUUCUACUCAACCAUCACCCGUGCCAGAUUUGAGGAGCUUAACAUGGAUCUCUUUAGGAAGUGUAUGGAGCCCGUUGAGAAGUGUCUGAGGGAUGCCAAGAUGGACAAGAGCACCAUCCAUGAUGUUGUCCUUGUCGGUGGAUCUACUAGAAUUCCCAAGGUGCAGCAACUUUUACAAGAUUUCUUCAAUGGCAAGGAGCUUUGUAAAAGUAUCAAUCCUGACGAGGCUGUUGCCUACGGUGCUGCUGUUCAAGCCGCAAUCUUGAGCGGUGAGGGUAACGAGAAGGUUCAGGACCUCUUGCUGUUGGAUGUCACCCCUCUGUCACAAGGGUUGGAGACUGCUGGAGGUGUUAUGACUGUUCUAAUACCAAGAAACACCACAAUCCCCACCAAGAAGGAGCAGGUGUUCUCCACGUACUCAGACAACCAACCCGGCGUGUUGAUUCAAGUGUACGAGGGCGAGAGAACAAGAACUAGAGAUAACAACUUAUUGGGCAAGUUUGAGCUUUCUGGCAUUCCACCAGCCCCCAGGGGUGUACCUCAGAUCAAUGUCUGCUUUGACAUUGAUGCUAAUGGAAUCUUGAAUGUCUCUGCUGAGGACAAGACCACUGGUCAGAAGAAUAAGAUCACCAUCACCAAUGACAAGGGAAGGCUGUCGAAAGAAGAGAUUGAGAAGAUGGUGCAGGAGGCUGAAAAGUACAAGUCUGAGGAUGAGGAGCACAAGAAGAAGGUCGAGGCUAAGAAUUCAUUGGAAAACUACGCCUACAACAUGAGAAACACCAUCAAGGACGAUAAGAUCAGCUCCAAGCUCUCGCCGGCGGACAAAACUAAAAUUGAGGAGGCUAUUGAGCAAGCAAUUCAAUGGCUGGACGGCAACCAGCUGGCCGAGGCGGAUGAGUUCGAGGACAAGAUGAAGGAGCUUGAGAGCAUCUGCAACCCCAUUAUCGCAAAGAUGUAUCAGGGUGCCGGGGCUCCUGACAUGGGCGGUGCCAUGGAUGACGAUGCCCCUCCAGCCGGCGGUAGCGGUGCCGGACCCAAGAUCGAGGAAGUUGACUAAGCUCUGCUCUGCUCUGCUCUGCUGGUAGGGAGGGAGGGAGGGAGGUGGUCUACUAUUGAAUUUUUAUAUUAUCUUAUCUGCAUUUUAGUUAAGAUUCUACCCUAUUUUGCCAUUUUUCUCUUUAUUAUUACAUCGAACGAAUUAUUCUCUUUCUGGGCCCGUUUGGAUGCAGCAGCAUUUUCUGCUGCUCGUAGGUUGUGUAAGAAGUUCAUUUGGCCAUCGAUGAUGAUGUUUCACAUUUAGCAGAA